AUGACGGCAUGCAAGAGAGAUAAGGGUUUCAUCCGGCAUCCAUCUUACUACAAGACUACUCCUUUAGGUGUUAUCGACUACGUUGCUUGCAUCCGUCCUGACCUCUAUUUGAGCUGGAUAUGUGUGUACGUCAUCGUUGAACAAGUGAACAACGAGUCAAAAACGAACGAUCCGGUCGUCUACGUGAUGCAGAGUCUCUGGAGAUUCCUCGGGCAAUCGCCCUAUCUUGAGAUUACAGAAGGAUCGGAUCUAGAGCUAGAUGACAUCGAUGUGAAGUCGCUCCCGUACCAACACAUCGAGAAUCUAGGUUCUGGAGGCAGUGCAAUCGUAGAAAGGGUCCAGGAUAUGAACACAGGGUUGGUCUAUGCACGUAAGACCUUAAGGGACAUCUCGUAUCGAGAUCGCAAGAGGUUGAGAGAGCAGUUCCAUAACGAAGUCAAAGUUAUGCGACGACUCGGCGACCACCCACAUACCACGACGCUGUUCGCAACGUACACGACGAGACGCGAUCUUGUCCUUAUCGUAUCACCAGUCGCAGAUGGAGGGAAUUUAGCAGAUUUUCUAGCACAUCAUCGAGACUGGGGAAAUGCAGCGUCUCAGUUACAUCACGUUGCUGUGCUGAAUCGCGCUUUUGGAUGUCUUGCCUCCGGAUUGGCUUUCAUGCAUGGACAAGGAGUACGACAUAAAGAUAUCAAGCCGCAGAACAUUCUAGUCCACGAUGGACACGUUUUAUACACCGACUUCGGAAUAUCGAGAGAGUUCCUGGAAGCACAAAGCACUACAGGUGACAACCCAGGAUCGUUCACUAGACGAUAUUGUGCACCCGAAGUCGCGGACUGGGGUGACCGAAAUAGGUCUGCAGACAUAUUCUCUCUCGGAUGUGUGUUCUUGGAGGUUCUAGUUGCCCUUUUCCCUCGGAUAGCACCUGCGGGUAUCCUAGAUGGCGCAUAUCAUAUUACUGUCCAUGAGGGACGUCUUCCUGGGCAAAUCGAGUACUCCAAAGCGACAUCAAGGGUUGACAGCACCUUUCGGCACCUAAUAGCCGAUCACCAGUAUCAUAUGGCAUCGAGCCGUAUGGCUUUGGUAUUGGAAAUUUGCCCAGGUACCUAA